AGAUAAAGAUCCUCGCCGUUACGCAAUUGGUUGACUGUACCAGACCUGAGCUCGCUUCACCAACCCCCAUCAUCCAAUUCAACCCCUUAACCACCAUGGCCACCACCACCACGACGACCUCAUCCUCCCCUUCCUCCGCCGCUCAACCCCCUCCCCUCCCCAUAAUCGACUCCCACAUCCACCUCUACCCCUCCAGCGAGCUCUCCACCCUCGCCUGGUUAACGCCAGACCACCCCCUCGCCUCGCAGCACUCCGUCACCGAGUUCCGCGCCGCGACCUGCACCUCCCCCUCCCAGUCUCUCUCAGGCUUCAUCCUCGUCGAAGCCGACCGCGCCAACAGCUCCUCGCAGGACUGGACCUUCCCGCUGCAGGAGAUCGCCUGGAUGCGCCGGCUCGCCACGGGCACCCCGCGCGAGGGGGAGGGCCACGCGCCCGCCGACGCGCCGCUCUGCCUGGGCCUGGUGCCCUGGGCGCCGCUCGACCGCGGGCCGGCCGAGCUGGAGCGGUACCUGGCGGCCGCGGAGCGCGAGGCCGGGCCGGAGGCCUGGCCCAAGGUCAAAGGGUUCCGCUAUCUGCUGCAGGACAAGCCCGCCCGCGUCGCGCUCGCUGACGAGUUCGUUGAGGGCUUGAAGGUGCUGGGCAGGAGGGGGUUCGUGUUUGAGGUCGGUGUCGACCAGCACCGGAGGGGGAAGGCCCAGCUCGAGGAGGUUGUGGAGAUGAUUGACCGGGCGCAUGACGGGGUGGAGGAGGAGGAGAAGGUGGUGUUUGUUUUGAAUCAUCUUUGCAAACCGGACUUGACGAUCAUCAACCAGACAGACCCAUCGUUCAUUGCGUGGCGCACCGCCAUGUUCACGCUCAGCAAGUGCCACCGGACGUACAUGAAGCUGAGCGGCUGCUUCUCGGAGCUGCCCGACAAGCUCAAGGAGCGCUCGGCCGAGGACAUCUUCGCAGCCAUCCUGCCGUGGCUGGCCGUGGUGGUCGCCGCCUUCGGCCCGAGCAGGAUCAUGUUCGGCAGCGACUGGCCUGUCUGCACGGUGGGCGUGGGCGAGGGUGCCUGGAGGAAAUGGCACAAGGUUGUCGAUAUGGUGUGUGACCUUGCCGGUCUGAGCCUCGAGGACAAGGCGAUGCUCUGGAGCGGGACCGCCAAGCAGGCGUACAAAAUUGAAUGAGGGCUGGGAAAUACGCAUUCUCUUGCUCUUGUUCUCUGCGAACUAUCUUCAACUGCGUCUUAUUUGGCCCGUCGUCGUUGCCUGAGAGACCAUCUGAGGGCCACCUGCGUGUGAUGUUUCUUUCUCCAUCCUUGACGGCUCUCAGGGGACAGAAUUGUUCAACACUGGGCUUCCCUUACCCGCCGAGCUCCCUGCCCACGUAAACGUCACCCGUCAAC